CUCAUAUCGUGCUGUAUUUCACUCAUAUCUGGCCGAAGCAAUGAUCUACCAAACGAUAUUCUCUCAUUUGCUCGAGAAGCCGUUCAGGUUCCUAGAUGGGAAACGUGAUGGAACUGACAAGACUGGAGACUUGUCGUUCUCCGAACGAAUCCAGUAUCUGUAUGAAAGAUACUACGAAUCAAGCCCGGUCAAUGCUGUAUGGUGGAGGUCGGUCACACUCAGUCUUGCCAACCUAAAAGAAGACGCCAUGGCCAAAUCCCCUCGGGACAAAACACCUUAUGAAUUUGGAGACAGGAGCCGCAAGCGGCAGGCAAACAUGGCAAAAGACCUGGCGGAUCAACUUCUGGCAGACAGUUUGUUCCAGCUGCUCCUGCGUGAGUUGGCUGGUGCAGAAGAAGAGACAGCGCGCCGUGAGCGCCUGGUGAAAUUAUUUCAGGACACUGCACGAGCCCUCACCAACCACGAGGCUAUGCUGGGUGGACAGGUGAAGGUUCAUCAGCUUCCUGAGUUGGAGCAAUUUGAUACUUCUACGGGGCUCAUGUUCUCGGCAAAGUUUCAAUCCGAGGAGCAAGAGGAUCCUCCACUGUACGUCCCCAAGCCACGCGGCCGGGUAAUCCUCGUGGUUCGGCCGGGAGUGUGCCGGUACGAUACUCCAAUCCGAUACGUACCAUUCAGCCAUCGGCCUCUACGACUCGAGGAACUGGAGGGGGAGCCUACCUCCUGGUUAAUUUGUAAAGCUGAGGUUCUGACGGAAACAGUGAGAAAUGACCGCUCAUCUGACAACUAUGAGUCUGACCCCGAGGACAAAGACGUCUCCCCCUAG